UGCCGAGACGAGGCCUGGCCUGGGGGAGGCGGGUGCCCCCCAGGCCCCCCGGGUGGCACAGGUACAAAAGAAGAAACAGGCGGGUGCAGCGUGGGCCCAGGGACACGGCAGCAUCCCCCGGGCACCCAGCGAGUGCCUCAGGUCACCCCACGGCUCCUGGCCACAGACCCCCGGGGACAGCCAUGGCAGGGGAUGGGGAGCUCAACCGCAUCAUCAAGGACCUGCAGAAGACUGUGGCCGAACUGAACCGCAGCUACCGUGAGCAGAACCUGCCGGUGACAGAUGGGAGCCGGGAGCUGCACAGCCUCUGUGCCCAGCUGGAGUUCCUUCUCCAGUUCGACCUCAAGGAGAAGAAGAGCUUCUUCGGGCAGCGCAAGGACUAUUGGGACUUCUUGUGCCAGGGCCUGGCGCGGCGCCGGCAGGAGCACGAGGGCGUUCGCUUUGUCACCUCCCUGGACAAGCUGAAGACCCCCGUGGGCAGGGGCCGAGCCUUCCUGCGGUACUGCCUGGUGCACCGGCAGCUGGCAGAGUCCCUGCAGCUCUGCCUCCUCGACCCCGAGAGCCUCCGCGAGUGGUACUACGCCCGCAGCCCCUUCCUGAGCCCCCAGCACCGGGAAGAGAUCCUGGGCAGCCUCUAUGAGCUGGACGGUGUCACCUUCCACCUGGCCCUGCGCAGGGCUGACCUGGACACCGCCUGGCCCAUGUUCUCCGAGACACUGGUCCGGCCCAGCCCGGUGGCCAGGAGCAGCUCAGCAAAGAUGGCCCGGCAGACAGAUGACACUGGCGCUGGGGCGCAUGGAUGGCCCGACGGCAUCACCCAUCCCACCGAGGCAGCCUGUGGGGUGCUAGCCCACUCGUGCCCACCCUCUUUGGCUGCCCUGAAGGCAGGAGGUGUAGAGGUGGAGUACCUGGAGAUGAAGAAGGAUGUGGAAAAGGAGGAUGAAGAGGAGGUGGAGGAGGAGGAGGAGGUUGAGGAGAAGGUGGAGGAUGUGGAGGUGGACAUGGAGGAGGAUGUGAAUGUGGAGGAGAAUGUGGAAAAGGAGGAUGAAGAGGAGUUGGAGGAUGAAAAGAAGAUGGAGGAUGCGGAUGUAGAGGAGUUGGAGGGCACGCAUGGCACUGGCAAAACCCCUCAGCCUGAUGGUGACGGGGAGCCCGGCUCAUCCCCGCCGCCUGGCAUGGAGCGCAUGCCGGGCUCCCUGCCACCAGUGCCUGGACAGCCAGGCGGGACGGAGGCGUCCCUGCGGGCACGGGUGUCCCAGCUGCAGACCGAACUGGGGCAGCGGGAGGCGGCGGCGCGGGCGCUGGCAGCCCGGCUGGAGCAGGAGGAGCGGCGGCACCGGCGGCGGGAGGAGAGCAGCGCCCGGCAGGCCCGGCUGCGGGCACACGAGGCUGAGGCGCUGCGGGAGGCCAACGUCUUCCUCGGGCAGGCGCUGGCCACGGCGGUGGCAGCGGGGGGCCCGGGGGAGCUGGCGCGGGCGCAGGAGGAGGCGCGGGGCUGGCGGGAGGCGGCGGAGGAGCGGGGUGCCCGGCUGGCCGGGGCGCUGGCGGAGGCAGCGGCGCUGGCCUCGCGCCUGCGGGACUGCCAGGCGGCAGGACGGACGGACACGCUGGAGGAUGCUGGUGCCCCAGGCGACGUGGCAGCCGUGGAGGAGGUGCUGAGGCGGGCGCUGGAGCUCGCCUGCGGCCCCCAGGAGCCCCUGGAGGACCCCCAGGCAGAGGGGGAGCUCAGCACAGCCACCAGCAUGGCCAUGCGCUUGGCCACGCUGGCCACCGCGGCACGGGAGGAAGCCUGGCAGAGCCGGCAGCAGCUCCAGGCCCAGCGGCAGGAGAUGGCGCGACUGAAGGAACAGCUCAGCAGGGCCCAGCAGGACGGGGAGCGCUGGGCAUCGGCGCUGCAGCGGGCGCAGCGGGAGGCCCUGGAGCGGGAAGCCACGCGCGGUGCCGAGCAGGCACGGCAGCAGGAGCUCAUCCGCGACAUGAAGGGGCGGCUGCUGGAGCUGCUGCGGGAGAAGGAUGCCCUGUGGCAAAAGACGGAGGGCAUUGACACCCCGAUGCCCAGCCCGGUGCCCCGCGAUGCAGGGCUCUGCGCCCGCUGCCACAAGGAUUUCCGCCUCCUCUCCCGACGGUACAACUGCAGUCUGUGCCAGGGCAAGGUAUGCCACACGUGCUCCGUGGACGUGGGCAAGCAGGGGCGCUGCUGCCUGCUUUGCUACCAGCAAAGGCACCCACAGGCUACAUGAGCCGUGACCGCAGCCCUCACACCAUCGUGGGACACCCCCUGCCCUGGCUGCCUCCUCUCGAACUUACCAGGGACCCCGGCGGCUGGGGCCUGCAGACAGGUCCUGCUGCCCAACAUUUUGGGUUUGAGACGUGUCUUUCUUGUGGCUGGUCCACAGAGAGGAAAACAACCCGAUCCUGCCA